AUGACUGGUAAUGUUGUCCGUACGCCUGCCUCUAGAGCUGUUUCUAAGAGCAAAGCUAACGACAAGUCUAAGUCUAAGAUUGGUCGUCCUCGAUCUGGAAGCUUGACCUUAUCUAAACGCUCCAUCGAGAGUGAAGACAACAUCAACAAUAAGGUCUUAUCUGAUGAUGAUCUAACUGUCGGUAGUGAUCUAGAACCUGAAGUUCUCGACACGGCUACUGAUGAUGGUAAUGUUAAGAAAGCUGUUUCUACCGACACAUUAACUAUGGUUGCUAAUGGUCAAGGCAAUUCUGAAUCGUCUACUCAGAUUGCCAUGGUACAGGGUGGUCUACUACAGCAGUCUAUACCUUUAACAGGACAAGCUGCUCAACUACCCGAAGGCGCUACCAAUUUCAAUUGGAGAAUGGUGCCAGGUCCUGAAGGGCAACUCACUCUAGUUCCCUUCUCUAUUGCUAUGCCUUCUGACGGUCCAGCUCCACCUCUGUUGGGAGCUCUCAAGGCCCAUUCUGGAGGGUCUCAACCCCGGUCAUGCUCUAACGAAAA